GCACGGCGUCCUUCUUCCCUGCGGUUUCCGGCGCUCGCCUGCGCGGCAAGUGCCGCGGAGAAGGGAAGGGGGGAAAGUUUUCAUCCGUGCGGUUCGCGGCUCCCUUUCUCUCCCCUUCCCCUCCGCGGCGGGGGGGCAGGGUCUGCGCGCACCCACCCUUCCCGCCGGGCGCUGACCCUCUGCUCUCCUCGUCGUCUCUGCAGAGCGGGCCCGAGGCUCCGGCCGCGGCGCCGGCGAUGGCUGCGGGGCGUGCGGAGGCGGCGGCACCGCGGCUGGCAGAGCUGGAGGAGGAGCUGCGGAGUUUGGCGGAGGAGCUGAGCCGCUGCCAGGCUGAUAAAGAAUUUGUGUGGUCUCUGUGGAAACAUCUCCAAGUGUCAAGUCCAGAUCUUACUCAAGCUGUGAGCUUGGUUGUGGAAAGAGAAAAGCAGAAAGCUGAAGUCAAGGACAGAAGGGUUUUAGAGAUUUUGCAAGCCAAAGACAGCAAAAUAGAAACUCUAGAACAGAGGCUCACAGGACAGCAGCAGGAACUAAACAAGUUAACACAGAGAAAAAAUGCUGUGGAUGAGGAAAAUGCCUGUUUGAAGAAUGUGAAUUCUUUCUUACUGAAUUGUAACUUGAACCAGAAAUUUAAAGAUAAAAGGCAAGAACUUAAGGACACUGAGGAGUGUGCACAAAAGAAGGAAGAGGAAAACAGACUGGUUAUAAAAAGCCUGGAGGAGGAAAAUAAGAGAUUAAGUACAUGCUGUGCUGACCUGCUAAAUGACCUGGAGAAACUGAGGAAGCAGGAGGCACAAUGGAAAACAGAAAAAUCUGGCUAUGAUACCAGAAUAAAGCAUUUGCAAACUGAUUUGGCAGAGGCAAGAGAACAAAUGAAGGAGUUGAGCUGUGUAUGCAAUAACUUGUCAUCACAGGUAGCUGUAAAACAGGAAGAACUCUCCCAAAGGGAUUGUGUUGUGAUCAGAGCUAAGAAGGAGUUACAGGAACUGCAGAAUCUUUACAAGCAAAACAUUGAACAUACAGCAGGGCAGGCUGAGCUGAUAAAGCAGCUUCAGGCUCUCAAUAGUGAUACACAAAAAGUACUGGAAGACCAAGAAGAUACUCACACAGCUGAAACAUCCUCAUACCAAAAACUUUAUAAUGAAUUGACUUUGUGUUUUGAAACUCUCAAAACAAGUGAAAUUCAGCUGCAGAAGACCUGUUCCUCUCUUCAGGAUCAGUUACUUGAAAAAGAUCAAAAGAUUUCUCAGUUAGAAAAGCAACUUCAGGAGGCUCAUGGUGCUCUAUAUGGAGUACAUGAUGUUUCUUCUCCAAAAUGUGAAGUACAGGAACCACCUGUGAAACGUUCAAGGUCUCUGUCCCCGAAGAGCUCUUUUAGAGAGUCAGAGGAGCUAAAGAGGCUUAAAAUAGCUGAAAGGAAGAUUGAAAACUUAGAGAAGACACUACAGCUAAAGACUCGAGAAACUGAUGAACUAAGAGCAGCCCAUGAAAAACGCAAAGAGAGGCUGCAGAUGUUACAGACCAACUACAGAGCACUAAAAGAGCAAUUAAAGCAGUGGGAAGAGUGUGAUAGCAGGAUUGAAAGUGGUAAAAACAGAUACCAGCAUGCUGACCCCUGUCAGCUUUGUGAGGAUGAUUGUGGUGCUGGGUGGAAUGAACUGGCUUUUUUCAAAAGGGAGCACAAAAAGCUGUUGAUCGAAAAGCUGAAUCUUGAAGAAGAGUUGGAUCAGAUGAAAGUACACCAAUCUGUGGGUACGUUCACAAUACAGGAGUUUAACUGUUUACAAAAUAAAGGGGAAGAGCCACCUUUUAAGCUUAGUGAAGAUGAUGGGCUGAAGAACAGUACUCCAAAGAAGAAUACAAAAGAGAUUUCCCAUCAGAGAUUACGGAAGGUACAACAAAUAGAAAGAAGAUUCAAAGCUAUUGAAGGGGAAUUAAAGAAAGAGAAAGAAGUAAAUCAAGACUUACUGAAGGAGAAAAAUUAUUUGGAAGCAUCUUUAAAAGUGAAAAAGGAAGAUGCAGACACAAGAGAAAGAGAGCUGGAAAUGCUACAUAAGAGGAUUUGUGAAAUAAAAAAAGACAAAGUGCAACUUCAGUUAGUGAUUGAUGAGCAGAGAAAAGAAGCUGCCUCUUUGAAGAGGCAAGUGGUGGAAGCUAACUGGUUGAGAAAUGAAAAUGAAGAUUUGCUGAGUCAAGUGCAGGAGCUGAAGUGUUUGUUGGAUGAAGCCAAAGCAGUGGCAACCUCUGGGCAAUGUAAUUGCAAGAUAACAGACACCAAGGUUAAAUUAAAAACAGCCAAGAAAAAGAGCUCUUUGGGACAUCAUGGAGCUUUUCUCAAACAGUCCAUCAAGGUUAUGAGUAAUGUAUGUGAGAACUUCAGUAAGGACGGCUGGGAGGAUGUGAGUGAAAGCAGUGACUCUGAAAUACCAGCUUCUGAAAGUCUGGAAACCCUGAUUAUGAAGACAGGGCAAAACACUGGUCCAGUGCAAGAGAGGAGUAAACAACAGAGAAAAAAGCAAAUACAAGAUAGUCAAAAGCCCUGCAAUGUUGUUUGUUUAGAAGACAAAAAACCUCAGUACAAUAAGAAGGGCCAUUCACAGAAUAAGGACCUGGCUAAGUUACAUUCAAAGAGGAAGAAGAUUUGCUGUCUCAUAAAAUCUUACCCAUCUUUUCUAAGCCAAGUGAACAGAACAAAAAGGAGAAAUACUGUUGUCCAGAAACCGGGCUGCUCUGUUACUCUACUGCAAGAAAGAAUUAAGUCAUUGCAGCAGCAGAUAACUGUUUUACAGAAUGAAAAAAAGACAGCAGUCUCUUCUUUGAAAGGAUUUAAAGAAAUCAAUGAAACACUAACAACUCAGCUACAUUUGGCUGAUCAGAGACUUCAGACUAGUAAACGGACCAUAGAGGUGUUGACCUCCAACCUGGCCAAGUGGCAACAGGAGAAGGAAGAUUUGCAAGAAAAAUUGAAGUUGAGAGAACAUAUGUCUAAAACUGCUAGCAAGAAUGAAGCCACACCACCUCCUUCAAAGAACAUUGAUUUAGAGAUGAAACAGAUGCAGUGCAAACUAAAGAAUUCGAGUAAUGAAAUCACUAAACAGUCGACCACCAUUAAGUCACUAAAAAACGAAGUCCAGGAAAAAGAAGAACGGAUUCGGCAACUACAAGCGAAAAUUUCUCAGUUGGAGAGGGACCUUAAUAUGAAAAGACAUUUAAUAGAAGACUUAAGGACUCGUCUAAAAGCAAAUCAAGAAAAUGAGAAAACCUCUAAUGAAACAUUAGAAAGUCUUGAGAGAAAGGUAAAGGCACUGGCUGAAGACUGUUUGAACAAAAAAACUUCCAUUUACUCACUGAAACAAAGACUUGAUGUAGUUACAAGAGAGAAGUCUCAGUAUGAGGAGAUGUAUCACAAGGCUAAAGAUGAGCUGGAGAAAAAGGAUCUCAAGCUUACCAAUCUAGAGAGCAAAAUGAUUGAGACUGAAUGUGCCAUGACUGAACUUGAGACUACUGCUUCUCAACAACUACAUGGCUUGGCUAAACAGAGUGGACAGGCUUUGGAAACUGUGCAGAAGAAGCUGCUGCUCACCAAUGACAAAGUAGAAGAGUUCAUGACAUUUGUCAAGGCUCUAACCAGAGAGUUGCAGCAGAGCGUACAAGAGCUGAGAACAAAAAUCAAACAGGCAAAAAAGAUGGGAAAAGCAAGAGCAUGCAAAAAGAGUCUUUCCCAAGAGUCUGUUCAGUUGGCAGCAUCUAUCCUUAACGUUUCAACAGCUGAUGUUGAGGAGAUAUUAGAAGCAGAAGAUGAUGAGGAAACAACAAAGACAAAAAUGGAAUUUGAAAAAGAUAAAGAAUGGCUGCAGUAUAUACAGAAACUUCUUGAAGCACAGUUUCCUUUUGCAGCCUACUUAAUGGAUGCCAUACAGGAAAAAUUCAAUGAGAAUAAGAAACUGGUAGAAGAGUACAGUUCUCUCACAAAACACACUGCAUGAUAUUGCUAAGACAUAUCUUCACAAAGUAUUGCUAAAAUGAUGUGUAUUGUUUCCUCAUGUCUUUCCUCUUCACAUGAAGAACUGUCAGUGUGCAUGUUCAAUACAUAAGUAGAAACUGUGAACUAAUUAGUUGUUGAAAAAAAAGAAAUUAAUUACAUUCCUAUUUAGAAAGCAGUGUGGAGUUUGAUUUCUGAAGACAAAAAUCACUGCAAACUAAUGCAAAGUUAAAACUUAUUUUCCUUUAAAUGCAUUAGCAAUGAACACCAGUGCAGGCUUUGUAGGAGAGAAAGUUUUUGAUAUGACCAGUAUGCAUCUGUACAAUUUGGAAAGUACAAAAAGCAGCUAACUAACUCCUGGUUAUACUGGUCAGAAUAGGAUUUUAAAAAAGAACUGGGAAUACCAUGGGGAUUUUCAAGACCUAAUUUAUUUUAGCUUCUUACGAUAUAUGCUACAUAAUGUUAUGUGCUUUCUUUAUGUUGGAAAAAAUGAGUGAUUGUAGGGAAAAAGUAUUAAAUGUAGAGUAAUAUGUGUAAGAAAAGCUGUACUUUCUUUUGAGUUGGAAUGUAUUGUAUACAAUAUAUCUAAUUGUAUUUCAAAAGCUCAAUACAAUAAAGGUAUUUCCAGUGUGGGGUUAUUUUUCA